UAUACAACUUUUCUUUGGUCUUAACUAACAUCUCUUCUUCAAAGUCUAGGUUGAACCCCCUCUUCCCUUGACCAGAACUACCGCCGACACAAGCCUCCAUGGAUGAAUGGGAAGCACCCCAGUGGAAAAAGGAAGUUGAAAGCCUUAAGUACCAGCUGGCUUACAAGCGGGAGAUGUCCUCAAAAACCAUCCCUGAAUUUCUUAAGUGGAUAGAAGAUGGCAUCCCGGAAGACCCGUUUCUGAAUCCAGAGCUGAUGAAGAGCAACCCCUGGGUGGAGAAAGGAAAAUGCACCAUCCUCUAACCCACGGCCCUCAACACACCAUCCACCACUGAAAAAUGGCUUCCUUUGCAGAUCCUCAACUGUUGCAUGAAAACUGAAUGUACAAAGUUUUUAUUAGCUUCCCACUAGGGCUAAAUUCACAUUCAUGCCCCUUUGUUAGUGCAAUGGGUUUUAUCUAGAGGCUAAAUUCCAGGUUGUUCCAAAUUUUUGGUAUUCUGAGGCACAGGGUUUUGUUUCUUCUCUGGAUUUAAACUAGAGGCACACGAACAA